CCAAGACUCCAACUUCUUGUGAUAAUAUUUACCAAAAUUUCCAGAAAAAGAAACUAUCUCCAACAUUGGCGUUUUCCGGGUAAAGGAAUCACUGCCCAAAUGUUCAGCCGAAUCGGGUUUUUUAAGGUGAAAAACAUUAAAAAAUCGAAAUAAAAAACAAUUAUAGCAUGGCGAUGGCAUUGAGUAAUCACAAGUUCUCCAUUCUCGUCCUCAUCAUCAUCCUAUCAUUUGUCCUAUUGUUGCCAAAAUCUGGUGCUGCGAUUGCCAAGUACGAUGAGUAUUUGAAGAAAAGGGCUCAGGCAUCCUUGGAGGAGUCCCGCAAGGCCUUUAACCCCAACCCUGAGGAACUGGCUGAUGACUUGAAUGAUCAAGUUAGCGAGACCUUGACACGUGAGGGUGGAAAGAGGAACCUCAGGCAAGGCGGCUGCAAAGCUACAAACCCAAUUGACCGCUGCUGGCGUUGCGACCCCAAUUGGGAUAAAAAUAGAAAACAGCUGGCGGAAUGCGCCCGUGGCUUCGGCCACCGUGCAACCGGCGGCAAGAGUGGAAGAUACUAUGUUGUCACGGAUCCAUCUGAUAACGACAUGGACAAGCCAAAGCCUGGAACCCUCCGCCACGCCGUCAUCCAGCCACAACCGCUGUGGAUCAUAUUUGGCCGCAAUAUGGUCAUCACGCUCAAAGAGGAGCUGAUUUUUGCGAGCGACAAGACGGUCGAUGGCCGAGGAGCAGAGGUCCACAUUGCCUAUGGCGCAGGCAUCACACUCCAGUUUGUCCAUAAUGUGAUAAUUCACAACAUAUGGAUUCAUGAUAUUGUCCCGGAGCCUGGUGGAAUGAUUAGGGACGCUGUCGAUCACAUUGGUCUACGUACGCAGAGCGAUGGAGAUGGUAUCUCUGUGUUUGGCUCCAACAACAUAUGGAUCGACCAUGUUUCCCUGUCCAAAGGCACUGACGGGCUCAUUGAUGUUAUCGAGGGUUCCACAGCUGUUACCAUCUCCAACUGUAAAUUCAACAACCACAACGAUGUGAUGCUCUUGGGUGCGCAUGAUGGUUCCAACAAAGAUUCAAUAAUGCAAGUCACUGUUGCAUUCAACCAGUUUGGGGAAGGUUUGAUCCAGAGGAUGCCGAGGUGCCGACUGGGUUUUGUGCAUGUUAUCAACAAUGACUACGACUCUUGGGGAUUGUAUGCCAUCGGCGGUAGCGCACAUUCCACCAUUAUCAGCCAGGGUAAUCGUUUCAAAGCUUCAAAUAACCCAGACACUAAACAGGUGACGAGGAGAGCCUACGCUAGCGAGAGCGAGUGGAAGAAAUGGCAAUGGAGGUCUGAGGGUGACAUGUUCUUGAAUGGAGCCUACUUCGUCGAGUCAGGGCCACCAAUCAAACACACAAAGCUUCCAUUGAGAAAGAAAAACUCAAUCAAGUUCAGACCCGGAUCGUUUGCAGGAAGACUCACACGCUAUGCUGGUGCGCGCAUGUGCUUUCCAGGCAAACUAUGUUAACCAAUUCCUUAAAAUUGUGUCACUGCAGUUUCCCGUCCCCGCCCGCCAGAUGAGUAGAUGGAUAGAGGCGCUUAUUUGCUCCACUAUAUGUGUAUAUAGUUGUAAAUUUACUUAUGGAGGUAUAGAUGCCACCAGAAAAAGUGCACGAAAAGGUUUCGUAUUCUUUGUUCACAAAAAAUGUAUACUUUUAUUUUUAGAUUAAUUACUGAAAUUAAAGUAUUUUUGUUGUCUUCUUUUA